GUCCUAACAGCCAGAGAGGAGCUUAGCGGCCCGGGGGCACGGAGCCCGGAGAGCCGGGACCGAGAUCGACGAAGCCGGGGGACGGGAACGCUGCGGGCGGGAGCCGGCCGGGAGCCGGAGCCCCUCAGGCACCUGCUGGUUCGCCCAGGCGGUUGGCGCUCGCAGAGUGGUCCGCAGGCCUCCGCCCGCCCGCCCCCAGCCCCUCCCCGGGCCCCCCAUGGCCCGGGCCGCGGCCCUCCCGCCGUCGAGACCGUCGCCGACUCCGCUGCUGCCGCUGCUGCUGCUGCUGCUGCUCCGAGAAGCCGGAGCCCAGAAUGGGCGGGUCAGCAUGCCCCCCGAGGUGCGGGGCCGCCUGGGGGACACGGUGGAGCUGCCGUGCCACCUGCUGUCGCCGGGGCCCAAGGGCAACGUCUCCCAGGUGACAUGGCAGCGGCUGGACCCGUCCGGGGACCUGCAGAGCGUGGCCGCCUUCCACCCGUCCCACGGCCUCAGCUUCCCCAGCCGGCAGUUCCCCAAGGACCGGCUGUCCUUCCGUUCCAUGGGACAGAGCCCGGGCGCCCGGCCGGGCGCCGAGCUGCGGGACGCCACGCUGGUCCUGCAGGGGCUGAGAGUGGAGGACGAGGGCAACUUCUCCUGCGAGUUUGCCACCUUCCCCCUGGGCACCAGCCGUGGGGUGACCUGGCUCAGGACCAUAGCCCAGCCCCAGAACCACGCCGAGACCCAGGAGGUGGCACUCAGCGCGGAGCGGGUGCCCGUGGCGCGCUGUGUCUCCUCGGGGGGCCGCCCGCCCGCCCAGAUCUCCUGGCUCUCGCCCCUGCAUGGGGAGCAGAUGGAAACCGAGACCUCGGGGCCCCUGUUCGGCACGGUCACCGUCACCAGCCGCUACGCCGUGGUGCCCUCCAGCCAAGUAGAUGGCGUCAGGAUCACCUGCAAGGUGGAGCACGAGGCCCUGGAGGAGCCCGCCCUGCUGCCCGUGACCCUGUCUGUGCGCUACCCCCCUGAGGUCUCCAUCUCUGGCUAUGACGACAACUGGUACCUCGGCCGUAGUGAGGCCUCUCUGAACUGUGAUGUUCGCAGCAACCCGCAGCCCACAAGCUACAUCUGGAGCACGACCUCGGGCUCCUUACCGGCCUCAGCGAAAGUCCAGGGCCCCCAGCUGCUAGUCCACCUGGUGGACAGGAUGGUCAACACCACCUUUGUCUGCACCGCCAGCAACACCGAGGGCUCGGGCCGCGCCGAGCAGGUGGUCCUCGUCCGAGAAUCCCCCAACACGUCAGGUGCAGGAGCCACCGGGGGCAUCAUCGGGGGCAUCAUCGCCGCCAUCAUUGCCACUGCGGUGGUCGCCACUGGCAUCCUCAUCUGCCGGCAGCAGCGGAAGGAGCAGAGGCUGCAGGGGGCAGAGGAGGAGGAAGAUGACCUGGAGGGGCCUCCGUCAUACAAGCCACCAACCCCAAAGGCAAAGCUGGAGGAGCCAGAGAUGCCCUCCCAGCUCUUCACUCUUGGGGCCUCAGAGCACAGCCCACUCAAGACCCCCUACUUCGAUGCUGGCGUCUCGUGUGCUGAGCAGGUAGGAUCUCGGGAAAUGCCUCGGUACCAUGAGCUGCCCACCUUGGAAGAGCGGUCGGGGCCCCUGAUCCUGGGGGCCAUGAAUCUCGGGUCCCCCAUCCUGGUGCCUUCAGGGCCGCCUGUUGUGGAGAGGCUGCCUCUGGAUCUGGAGGACUUGGAUGAUGAUGAGGAAGACUACCUGGACAAGAUCAACCCCAUCUAUGACGCCCUCUCCUACGCUAGUCCCUCUGAUUCCUACUCAAGCAAAGGCUUUGUCAUGUCCCGGGCCAUGUACGUGUGAGCUGCCAUGGCCCUGGCUCUUGCUUCUCUUUUUGAUCCCUCAGCUUUCUGCCAGGAAUCUAGUGCCUCUUGAGCUCUGGCCAGACCACUGUUAGCGAACACAGGCAUCUCAUCUGUGACUUCUACCUUGUUGGGUCCAUUGUGACCUCUAAUUCAUUAUCUCUGACCUACAGAAACCUGACAAUCUUAUCUCAUGAGUUGAGGGAGGGGAAAUACUUUUCUGCACAAUCUGACCCGAGGACUCCUAAAACUGUGACUCCUUAGUUCAUACCUCUUACGUCUCCUCCCAAAUUCCAAAGAAAACCCCGGACCUCCAAUGUGUCCUUAGGUAGUUAGCUCCCAAUAGCUCUGCUGGGUUGGAUGUUGGGGGGCAGGCACCUUGCUGCUCAGACCUGAGCCCUCCAGGCAGCAGAGCCCCACUUGACCCCUCCUACCCUGUCUGUUCCCAGUGGUGGGAAGGAGGGGAGUCCCCAGCCCAAGGUAUAGCUUCCCCAUCUCCCUCCUGCAGGCAGGAGUCACAGGGUCCGGACCCUUCCCUGAGUCCCCACUUACCCAAAUCCUGUCUUCUGGGGAUUAAGCCCCUCCGCCCCGUCAAGGACUAGACAAGGACUAGAUAGGGUGAGUGUCAUGCAGAGUGUGCCUUGCUGACCCCAGCCUUGAGAGAACAAUUCCGUGUUACUUUGAAGACUACUACGACCUUUUACUGCUGCCCAGUGUAAUGGGACCCAAACAUCUCCCGGGGGGAGGGGGGAGGAGGAGAUGGUCACCUGGGU